UAUCAUUUCGUUGCUCCACCCAUUUGUUCUACACUUUUUUGUUGCUUGUUUCUAGGAUUUUGAGAUUAGGGAGACUUAUAUCAACCGUAAUAUUUAACGUUGCAAAUGGGUUUAGCAGCACCCCGCAAGAGGACGAAAAUCUCCCAUGAUCCAAACAAUACAAAUUGGUCCCGAUCAACUAGCGGUUAUGGCCACAAAAUUAUGAGCUCUCAGGGAUGGACUCCUGGCAGUUUUCUAGGUGCACGCAAUGCUGCUCAUGCUGAUAUGUUCACUGCCGCGAGCGCAUCUCAUAUCAGGGUUGUUGUGAAGGAUGAUACACUUGGCCUUGGGGCACGCUCCAAGCGUGACCCCCUCAAUGAACCUACUGGCCUUGAUGCCUUCAAAGGUUUACUAGGUCGCCUGAAUGGAAAAUCCGAUGCAGAUUUGGAAGCAGAACAAAAAAAGCGCGAAGAUGCGAAGAUAGCACGGUAUGCUGCAACAAAAUGGCAUACGGUCAGGUUCAUCAGCGGCGGUUUGUUGGCGCAAGAGAAGCUUGUUUCCCUCUCCCCUCCGAAGGAAACCCCAGGAGCUCAGCAUGGUUCACACCAAAACCAAGGUGGCCUCGAGUUGCAAAAAAGUGAGAAAGAUGCGAACACUUCCAUUGAAGAUAGUACAUUCCAGGCGCCUAGAGAGGAACAAGUCUCAUCUGUCCCUAUUAUGGAGGAGACCUCUAGGUCUAAGAGCAAGCGGUAUAGGAAAGACGAACAGAGAAAGAAGGAUAAAAAAGACAGGAAGACUAAGAAAAGGAAGCACAUGGAUGAGCCUAGCGCUACAAGCUCUGAAAUCCUGGAAAAUGUGAUUUUGGAAACUAGCCUAAAAGCUACUGUUACCGAAUCUCGAGAUGCAUCACCCCCAAUUGCCAAUGUUUCAUCAAAAGAACGCCGUCCGAUGGGGAGACAUGUUCUCAGAUGUCGACACAUUGCACAAAAGAAGAAAGCCCUCAUGGAUGACAGAUCUCUCAAUGAGAUAUUCAUGGUUAAAUCGUGAAUUACUUUUACAUUACAUGUCCCCUGGCUACAUGAUUUUGUCAAUUUAAGGACCAUGUGACACAUUGCCGCUCCGCCUUGUGGUCAUUCUAUACAGGAGAAUAUCCCGAUUCCCGUGCCAUUAGAGGAGGCUGAACAUCGCGAUGCACCGUAUUUAUAUACCCUUUUGUUCUUUUGAGAGAAUUAUGCAUCUGCAAUCGCGUUUAAGGACACAACGUUUUCUGGGUUGUUUAUGCAUAUAUAGAUCUCUAUCUUGGCUGAGAUAAACUAUUAUGAGAUGCUGUGCAUGGUUGGUCAACCCAAUAAUCUGCUCAGCACAUGAUACGAGCGUCUGGGACUAUGGGGUAUUGUCAGGAAGAUCAGCUAGCAUAAUAAGGCCAUCUCUGGCCAGGGAGUCUCUACAAUCAUUGGGAAGACGAUGAGCAGCUUUGGUUUUCGAAUGGCAUGGUAUUAUAUCCACGAGAAAGUAUGUAGUUAUUUAUAUGUCAGUUAAAUUUAUCAAUAGAUGCAUAUAAUAAAGUAGUCC